AUGGCAUUUUCUCAUGUCAUGGAUGAUGGUACACUAAGGUACCAAGGGCGACUAUGUGUUCCAAAUGUAGAUGGUCUCCGGGAAAGAAUCAUGACCGAGGCUCACACUUCUAGGUAUUCCGUGCAUCCGGGCUCUACAAAGAUAUAUCAUGAUCUUAAGGAAGUUUACUGGUGGAAUGAUAUGAAGAGGAAUGCAUCGGACUUUAUGGCGAGGUGUCCAAAUUGUCAGCAAAAAAAAGGCCGAACACCAACGGCUCGGUGGGUUGGCACAGAACAUAGAAAUUCCAAUAUGGAAGCGGGAGAUGAUCAAUAUGGACUUUGUGAUCGAGGGGCACAGUUCACGACUAAUUUUUGGAAGAAAUUUCAGCAAGGUUUGGGAACUCAGGUGAAUCUUAGUAUAGCCUUUCACCCGCAGACCGAUGGGCAGGCAGAGCGGACUAUUCAGAUGCUUAAGGAUAUGUUCAAUCAAAUGCCACCGUUCGAGGCUUUAUACGGUAGGAGAUGUAGAUCUCCCAUUGGAUGGUUCGAGAUUGGGGAAGCAGAGUUGAUAGGGUCAGACCUCGUGCAUCAGGCUAUGGAGAAGGCUAGAACUACCUCCAAAGAUGUCUUUAGUACACCGGUGUUUCACGUAUCCAUAUUGAAGAAGGUGGAUGGAGAUUCGUCGCUUAUUGUUCCAGUUGAGACUAUUGAGGUUAACGAGGAAUUAACUUAUGAAGAAAUUCCAGUUUCCAUUCUUGAUAUGCAAGUUCGUAAGCUGAGAAAUAAAGAAAUUGCCUCCGUGAAGGUACUAUGGCGAAACCAACAGGUUGAAGAGGCCUCUUGGGAGGCCUAG